GAGCGAGCCUUUGCUGACUUCCCUGUGGCUUCCUCAGCUACUAAAACCUUCACAGGCCCCAUCGAACUUGCUCGUGGUUGGAACGGGAAGGAGGCGGCAUUCCCAGAAGGUAGCCUGGGAAUGGAAUACCUCGACGUAUGGCAGGAAGCACGAUGACGGUGGAGGAGGAGGCUGGUCUGAUUCCUCUUGGCUACUCACCUCCUAACUACUACCCACCCGAAGGAUCCGCAAGCACUCGGCUCUUCGUCAAGAAGGAGCCAUCAUGCACCCCUCUUUGGACCACCAUCCGCAAGAAAUGUUCCCUGGAAGGCGGUCUCCCACAGAUACCAUGCAUGCGCUGGAUGCGCAACUACAACAUCAGGACAUGCCUAAUGGCGAGUGCGGACAUCAUUGCUGGGCUGACAGUGGGAGUAAUGGCGGUGCCUCAGUCUGUCUCAUUCGCUGCCAUGGCGGGUCUGCCAGCAGCUUAUGGCCUCUACACAGCCUUCGUCCCAGUCUUUGCUUACUCCAUCAUCGGCAGCUCCCGCCACCUGGCGCUGGGUCCAGUGGCGCUUGUCUCACUGCUCCUGAAUGACGGCCUGGUGAAGGCUAUUCCUGGGUGUGACAUCAAUGAGAACCCCAACCAACCCGUUGAUGCCCAUCUGCAGCAGAUUUACAACCACGCAGCCAUCCAGGUGUCCCUGAUGGUGGCGGUGUUGUACCUGCUGCUGGCAGUGCUGCGGCUGGGCUUCCUGUGCAGCCUGUUGUCUCGUCCCAUCAUCUCCGCCUUCCUAACCGCUGGCGCUCUCAUCAUCAGCUCCUCCCAGGUCAAGUACAUCGUGGGGUACAACAUUCCGCAUGCUGACCGCAUGCAGGACAUCGUGUACAAUCUCAUAGUCCGCGCUGACCGCUUCCGCUGGAUGGAAUUCGCCAUGGGCCUCACCUGGAUCGCUCUGCUGGUUGCCAUCAAGAGUGCCCCCCGCUUCCACAAGCGUGUUGCGUGGAUGGGGCCGCUGGGACCAAUUACAGUCGCGACACUGAGUGUGACUGCCGUGUGGGCGGGGCAACUAGAGGAGCGUUUUGGGAUCAAGGUUGUGGGCCCUAUCCAGGCUGGCAUGCCACCCAUCACGGUGGACUGGUGGCUGCCAAUGGGGGAUAACUGGCCGCGCCUGGUGCUGACAGCCGGGCUGAUAGGCGCUGUGAGCCUGCUGGAAGCUAUAUCCAUCGCUAAGGCCCUGGCUGAGAGGAACGGCGACACCGUCGACGCAGACCAGGAGCUGCUUGGUUUGGGCGUGUGCAACCUGGCAGGAGCGGUGUUUUGCGCAUACCCCUCAACCGGGUCCUUCGCGCGCGCAGCGGGCUUGGUGAAUGCUGCCUUGAUAGGCUUCGUGCUGUUGUGCCUGACGCCGGUCUUCCAGCACAUGCCGCUCAAUGCCCUGGCAGCCAUUGUCAUCACAGGGGUCAUCGGCCUGCUGGACUUCCAGCGCGCACUCUUCCUGCUGCAGGUGAGCAGGAUGGACUGCCUGGUGUGGCUGGCCACCUUCCUGGGCUGCCUCUUCAUUUCCAUCGAUGCAGGCCUGGGCCUGGGCAUCGCGCUGGGCCUGCUGUUCCUCUUUGUGCGCACAGCGUUUCCCCGCAUCCACGUCCUGCGCCGCCUGCCCGGCAGCACCUUCUUCCGCGAUGCCGGCAUGUACCGCCUGCAGGAGUCAGCAGAGGAUGGGCGCACAGUGGUUGUGAGCUCGCAGGGUCCGCUCUGCUUCGCCAACGCGCAGCGCAUCAAGGAGAGGCUCCUCGAAUUUGCGGCCGGGAGCCAGGACGGCGUGGCGUGCGUGGUCCUGGACCUGGCUUCCACCACCUUCAUCGACGCCACCGGCAUCGAAGUUCUCACCGACCUGCUGUUGAAGGCGCCGGCCAAACUGCAUGUGGUGCUGGCGGACCCUAACACUGCUGCCCUGGAUAUCCUCGACCGCGCUGGCCUGCUCCCCAAACUUGGCCCCGAGCGCAUGUUUGUGCGCGUGCAUGACGCGGUCGCCCACUGCGCCGCGCUGGCCGUCAGGAGCGAUGAUCUGGGCCACCCUCCCGUGCAGAACGGCCAGAACGGGCACUCCCAUGCGCAGUACAUUGUGGGAUCUGUACCUGGCUGGCGCGAGGGGAGCUCAGAUAUGAAUCAGCCGCUACUGGUACACGAGAGCAUUGACAAUGCUUGA